AUGGCCACGUUCAACCGGUUCACGCACUGGCUCAAGUCGCCCGAGGGGCGCCAGUACUUCUUCAGCACCCACUUCUGGGGACCCGUGGCUAACUGGGGUCUCCCGCUGGCCGCCAUUGCCGACGUCAUCAACAAGGAUGAGGAGGUCAUCUCGGGCGUCAUGAGCCCCACCCUUGCUGCCUACUCGGGCAUCUUCAUGCGCUUCGCAUGGCAGGUCCAGCCACGCAACUACCUCCUUUUCGCUUGUCACAUGACCAACUCGGCAGCGCAAUCGGUGCAGUGUGUCCGCUGGUUCAACUACUGGUACAUGGGCGGUCGUGAGCGCAAGCGCCCCGAGCUUGUGGCAGCCGACGCGGCCGCAGCUGCGGCCGAGAAGGUCCAGGAUGCGGCCAAGAACCUGCAGGAGGCAGCAGUCGACCACGCCGCCGCCGUUCGCGACAUUUCCCUCCCUGCCGCUCAGGCCAACCUGGAGAAGGCAAGGGAGGCUGUUGUCGACCUCGUCAAGAAGGAGGGCGGCAAGUAA